ACCCUAAAUCGCCCUUGCUGAGCCUCAUGGGAAUUGUAGUCUUGUUACGUGACCCGCUUGAUAACCGCGGAAGGUCGCGCGGAAAGGAGAGGAAAUGACCUAGCGCAGUGCUGGGGUUUCUGGGGGCUGUAGUCAAGAAGCCUUGUGGUUCGUCGUGACAGCGCCUGACAGCAGAGGCAGAAGAAACUACAACUUCCAGCAUGCCCUGCGGUCUCGUUAUUCGUGUUUUUUCUCCGCCCUACGAUUAUUCCCUUCCGCCCCCUUCUCUAAGCUGCACAGCCUGAAUAGAAGGGCUGGUCCAGCGGCGGCGGAGGCUGGCGCUGUCGUGAGAGGGAGGGCUCUGUGCGGAAGAGAUGAAUCGGACAAAGGGUGAUGAGGAGGAGUAUUGGAACAGCUCCAAGUUCAAGGCUUUUACCUUUGACGAUGAAGAUGAUGAGCUUUCACAGUUAAAGGAGUCCAAGCGGGCAGUGAACAGCCUCCGAGACUUCGUGGAUGAUGAUGACGAUGAUGACCUGGAGCGAGUCAGCUGGAGUGGGGAACCUGUGGGAAGUAUCUCAUGGUCCAUUAAAGAGACUGCUGGUAACAGCGGCUCAACCCACGAGGGGCGUGAACAGCUGAAGAGCCGAAACAGCUUCUCCUCCUAUGCACAACUACCCAAGCCUACUUCUACCUACUCCCUGAGCAGCUUUUUUAGAGGUAGAACUAGACCUGGAAGUUUCCAGUCCCUUUCUGAUGCUCUGUCAGACACACCUGCCAAAAGCUAUGCUCCAGAGCUGGGGAGACCCAAAGGGGAGUAUAGGGAUUACAGCAAUGACUGGAGCCCCAGUGAUACAGUGCGACGCCUCCGGAAGGGCAAGGUUUGCUCACUAGAGAGAUUCCGCUCCUUACAAGACAAACUACAACUCCUAGAAGAGGCAGUAAGCAUGCAUGAUGGAAACGUCAUUACUGCAGUUCUGAUUUUCCUGAAGAGGACACUGAGCAAAGAGAUCCUCUUCCGAGAGCUGGAGGUGCGACAGGUUGCCCUGAGACAUCUUAUUCACUUCCUUAAGGAAAUAGGGGAUCAAAAGUUGCUUUUAGACCUCUUCAGGUUCCUAGAUAGAACAGAAGAGCUUGCGCUAUCUCAUUAUCGAGAGCAUUUGAACAUUCAGGACCCUGACAAACGAAAAGAAUUUCUUAAAACCUGUGUUGGUUUGCCAUUUUCAGCAGAAGAUUCCGCACACAUACAGGACCAUUACAUGCUCCUGGAACGUCAGAUCAUUAUUGAGGCAAUUGAUCGCCAUCUAGAAUCAGCAGGACAGACUGAGAUCUUCCGAAAGCACCCCCGCAAAGCCUCCAUCCUCAACAUGCCACUAGUGACAACGCUUUUCUACUCCUGCUUCUAUCACUACACAGAGGCUGAGGGGACAUUCAGCAGUCCUGUCAACCUGAAGAAGACAUUUAAGAUCCCAGAUAAACAGUAUGUGCUGACAGCCCUGGCUGCUCGUGCCAAGCUUCGAGCCUGGAAUGAUGUAGAUGCCCUAUUCACCACAAAGAACUGGCUGGGCUAUACCAAGAAGAGAGCACCCAUUGGCUUCCAUCGGGUUGUCGAAAUUUUGCACAAGAACAAUGCCCCUGUGCAGAUAUUACAGGAGUAUGUCAAUCUGGUGGAAGAUGUGGACACAAAGUUGAACUUAGCCACUAAAUUCAAGUGCCAUGAUGUCGUCAUUGAUACCUACCGGGACCUGAAGGAUCGUCAACAGUUGCUAGCAUAUAGGAGUAAGGUAGAUAAAGGAUCAGCAGAGGAGGAGAAGAUUGAUGCUCUUCUCAGCAGCUCGCAAAUUCGAUGGAAGAAUUAAGUGGCAUUGACUACCCUGAAGCCUGCCUCAUUUCCUCCUCUCCUGCCUGUGAAAGCAGAGAGAGCUCUUCUUUGGGAGAGCUGUGGCAUCACAUCGCUUGGGCCCAUUACCCACAGGCAGUGCCAGCUACUGUUGACACAGAUAACUUCAGACUGAUCUUCUGUCCAAGGAACAUCAUCUGAGGAUCGAGAUCUAAAGCUUUGACUCAUGAGAAUGAUUCUCUCCACCUGGUGCUCAUAUGAAGGUGGGAGUGAUUUCUAGAUUGGGCCCCUACUGGGUAAGAUCUCACUUGGUCUGAGAAAAGUGACUGCUCCAGAAAGGAAGAGGUACAGGAGUCAUAGGGUGGCUACUCCAUUCCACUCAGCUAAAUAUGAUCCAGGACUUGGCGCUGGACAUUGGCAGUUCUGCUCUGAAUGAAGUCAGAACAGAACCAAAAUGGCCUCAGGAAGGAAUGCCAGUGUUUCCCAAGACCUGCUGGAGAUGCACUCACACCAGACUGCACAGACCCCUCCACAUUAUGCCACACAUGGCCUAGACAUUGUGUUUCCUCAGCCAUUUUCCCUCUGCUGCCCCAGUUUUCUCUGUCCAAAAGCCUAAGGUUCUUCUCUCACUUGAACACAGAUGACCUUGCUUGGGUAAUGAGACAUCCCCUUUAUCUCUUCCUCUACUGCUAGCCCAGACCCGUCACUUUAUAAGAAGCUCAAAUGCAGCAGUGCUGGAGAGCUCUCUCUUUAUGCAAAAAUCUCAUUUCACCAGGAGCUUUCAGAAGUUUCACCUGGGUUAAACUCAGCAGCAUUUCUGUUAGGAUAUUUAGAUGCAGGUUUUAUUUUCACACUUGGAUUCUUGCUCUGUACCAAUAUUUGCCUCCUUUUCUGUGACUGAACUGGGUUUUUCUGACAUGUCUAGACUCCUAAUAAAGGUAUUUCUUCCUUGGUGCCUUC